CUCAAAUUAAUGUCAUGUGUUCAAACGUUUAACUGAAAUAACUGCAAAAGGCUUACUGCAUAUAUAACUAAUAAUUUUGUUGCGUACAUACUUAAGUAAAAUCGUUUUGCCUUUUUAUAUGAUACACAUACAUAUGUAUACGGGUAAUACAAUUUAGCAUACGCAUGAACAUUCUUAAAUAAGUUGUGUGAAAGGUAACAAUGGAUAUUAUAUUUGCUGUCAUUCAGUCACUUGUCAUUCUUUUAACGGUAUGUGAAGCUAAUGUUAUUGUUGGUGUAACUAUUCAGUCCUACUCUAACCCCAAUGGAACGUGUUACGUAGAAAGCUCCUCCGAUAGAAAAUGUUGCGAUGGUAUACAAAGGUCUCAUUGCGAGCUUGGAGACACAUGUGAUACAUAUUUUGACAUCUGUGUUGGCAGAAUGGAGCCUAACUGGGGAUGCAAAGGAGCUUUCUUUCAGACGAAACCCUUAAACAACACAAAUAGUAUCGCUAAUCUGUCUAUGAUGGAAAGUAAAUCAGAUUUUUGGGAACCCGGCAUGAGUAUAUUCAUUUUUGUGAGAGAUGACGACUCCCACGGCAUACCAGUUAUCAAGAAACAUGACCACAUUGAUACGUUAAUAGAAGAGUUAAAGUUUGUACCAUCCCCAACACAAGAUGGAGCGCCACCACACCCCUUUGAAUGGCAAGGUAAAACAAGAUUAAGUGUAUCGGUAUCGGUGUGGUGUGACAAUCACUAUUACGGACAGUAUUGUCGCAGCUAUUGCAAGGGAAUUAGUACCAUGGCAGUUUGUGAAUCCAGCGGAAAAUUGUCAUGUCAGCCAUCAGAUGCUCUUUUACUAGAAUUCAAGAACCAAACAAGUCAAAAUCAGUUACCAGAUAUAGAUUUAAAUGCCCACAGAUUUAUACAGGGGAGAGUAUGUCAGGGAGAAACACUAAAUAUACAAUAUCCAGCUCUUGAUACAAACAGUAAUACAUUCACGUUCAUAGCGGACUGUGGGAGCCAUCAAAUAACACCGAUUGAGUUUGAUUCUAUCCUCAAACUCCAGAAACCAUCUACUCUAGACAAUUACUUCAGUGCAGGUGUGAUCACCGGGCCUUCAGUUAUCUUGACAGGAUACGGUGAGCACAUUGUUCCAAACGUUUAUAUUGGAGUUGAGAUAAAAGCCUUAGAUAACCCAACGGGUACGUCCUACGACGGGGAAUUAACAACGGGCGAACGACGGUGUUGUGACGUUCCAAAGGGAGGCAACUGUGCAACAGCUGACGAUCUAUGUGACUUACAAGUUUCGGUUUGUAUCGGAGAAAUACAACAGAGUGUCUGCAUUGGUGCUGUCACACUUUCUCCUACUUACACAAACACCAGUUCUAUAUCUACAUGUGGACCAACACUUCUAGACCUUACAAAUAACGUUGCAACUGUGUCACAUCCGAUGGUCGGAGGAUUACGCCUUACAAAGAAUAUUGCCUCGGUGAAAGUGGUCGUCAAAGACAGUGAUUUGAAUGGAAAUGCUUCCGAUAUCAUCGAUGUACUUAGCAAGAAUAUUACGGUGAAUCCUGGGCCAAAUGUCACAUAUGCCAAAAGCAUAGAUAUCACAAUGACAAAUAUUGCCUCCGUUACUUUGCGAUUGAUAUUUUGGUGUGCGCCAGGACAUUCAGGUCCUCUAUGUCAUGCAGACGUUGGCACAGACACAUGUGAACCAGGUUGGUACGGAAACGAAUGUGAAAUCCCUUUAAGUGCAUGCAGUCCAAAUCCCUGCAAGCACGGUGGCCAGUGUAAUCUUCUGCCAAACAAUGGGUUCAACUGUACUUGCGACCCCGGUUACAAUGGUUCUUCAUGUGAGCAGGAUGUUGAUGAAUGCGCAUUACAUAUAUGCCAAAAUAACGCCACCUGCAAAAACACAAAUGGUGCUUUCAGUUGUAUCUGUCCGUCUCUUUGGACCGGGUUGAUUUGCACGGAAGACAGAGUCCCAGCAUGUGAUCCAAAUCCAUGCUCAAAUGGAAAAUGUGUAGUUGACGAAUCUCAAAAAGAAGGUUUCAGGUGUAACUGUGUUGAAGGCUGGACAGGGAUAUUCUGUAAUGAAAAGAACGAAUGUGAGCAUGGUGACGCUCAUGUAAUAAAUGGUGUAGAAACAUGUAUAUGUCAUGAAGGUUUCUCAGGAAGUACGUGUAAUAAGGAUAUUAAUGAAUGUCUGGCGAAACCGUGUCAGAAUGGAGGUUAUUGUAAGAAUCUGUUUGGAAACUUUUCUUGCAUUUGCGGCAACGGUUAUAGUGGAAACCGAUGUCAGAAUAUUACAGGUGCUUGUAUUGGUAUUCAAUGCCAAAACAAUGGUUCUUGUUUAGAUAUAGGUGGAGCCCGAUUCAUUUGCAUGUGCGACGAGGAUUUCACUGGUGAUUAUUGUGAGACAAAAAUAACAAACCGUUGUGAAAAAGUUACAUGUGAUAACAAUGGGACGUGUUACGAUAGUUUUCAUGAUUUUAUGUGUAACUGUACUCAAUUCUGGUCAGGUAAAACAUGUGACAAUGAUGUUAAUGAAUGUGUCAAAUCUGUUUGUAAAAACGGUGGUAUUUGUCAAAAUACAAUUGGUUCAUUUCACUGUGAUUGUCAAUAUGGCUGGACCGGAAGUGACUGUUCAUCCGAUAUAGAUGAAUGCGCAAGUCCCUCUCAGUUUUGUAAAUAUGGUAAUUGUUCCAAUUUGCCGGGAAGUUACAAGUGUUCGUGUAGAACAGGAUUCAGUGGCCCACAUUGCCUGAUGAAAUCACUCUCGUGCAUCAAUGUAACUUGUAGUGGGCAUGGUAAGUGUCGUGAAUUGAUUAACGGGUAUGACUGUAAUUGUGAUGCUGGUUACACUGGAGCAGAUUGCGAAACUGAUGUUGAUGAAUGCAGUCACAAUAUUUGUGGGUCUCAUGCGAGUAGCUGUAGUAACGAACCAGGAUCGUAUAACUGUACAUGUAUCAGUGGCUGGCAAGGACAAAACUGCCUCGACGAUGUCGAUGAAUGUUCAUCUACUCUAAAAGUUCCUUGCUCAGGAAACGGUAUAUGUACAAACAUACCAGGAAGUUACCAUUGCACAUGUUUUCCAGGAUUCUCAGGGAAUGACUGUUCAGUGUUUUUAAAUAUAUGUGAAGACUUGAAGUGUAGAAACAAUGGGACGUGCUUUGUAAAACAUUCAGAGUCGAAGUGUACAUGUUCAUCAGGUUGGACCGGAAUUAAAUGUGAAGAUGAUGUUAACGAGUGUGAAACAUUAAUUCCAUGUAAAAAUUCUGGAAUAUGUCAAAAUACAGAUGGAUCUUAUUAUUGUAGAUGCUUUAGCGGCUGGACUGGAAAAACAUGCGAGACAGACGUUAAUGAAUGUUUGUCUUCGGUAUGUAAAAAUGCAGGCAUAUGCAGUAAUACUCCGGGAAGUUUUAACUGCGCAUGCCAGACAGGAUGGAUCGGGAUGACUUGCGAAAUUCAAAAGACAAAGACACUUGCAGGCGAGCUGAUAAGUUUUCUAUUUGAAAAGAAUAUAUCGAGGGACUUAGUGCAGCCAACUUUAUCAUUCACAUACAAAUUUUUGGAGGAUUAUGUAUUCAACAGUUCACACAUCUAUUUCCAUCUUCAGAGAGUUCAUUUAAAUAACUUGCAAUUCAAAGCGAAGUGUAAUGGUAACUCUGUUUCGAAAGAACUAAUUACUUCAGCUCUGCAUAAAAUCCCGAAUGACACAUUGUCUCAUUUAUUCCCUUCCGCUCUGAUCGGGAUACAAGAAAUUAAUCAGGCUUCGUCUUCAACUUCAUCAGUGUCAAAUACAUCUUAUACAUCCACUCCAAAUACUUCAUCAACAUCAUCAAGAAAAGAUGGCCAAAUGUCCACUUUGAAAGCUGAUUCCUCCUCGUCGUCAAAAAGCAGUAAGAGUUGGGUGACAGAUUAUUGGCCUGUUGUUGCAGGCAGCGGCAGUGCCUUUGUCAUUAUCGUUAUUGUUCUGGUGCUAGGACUUUAUAUAUUCAGACGUUCCAAACAGCGUCUCCAAGAAAAUAGUUUUGCAAAUCCUUCAUACACGACAGAGAUGCUCCGUUAUGAUGAUUGACUUGUGGAAAGAAACUCCUGUUUAUUCUUAAUACUUGGUCAAAGGAAAUCUCCAUUGUAACUUCUUGUUUGAUAGAAUUCCCAAUAGUCUCGCAGAACACAACUGGGAUUAUGUAAUGUUUACUUUAAAAGAUGUUAUUGCAUUCUCGUGCUGGUAUUGCAUUCAAGAUAAUGAUUCCAGUAGUACCAUUGAAUAAUUCUCAGAAUUGAAGACGGAGCCGAUUAACAAGAACAGUAUUACUUUGAAAUAAAUGAUUAUUUUUCUUGUGUUUUUAUACUUACUUAUCUGAAAUUACUUUAAAAUAAUAUAUCCUAUUUACUGUUACAUAGUUAAAAUAAUAUAAUGACGCGAUGCAUAUGAUCUAGAAGACGAAAUAAAGGUAUCCAUUUUUGGAACAGA